AGAGGUUCUCCGCUACUACUAUAAUAAGGCAUCGUUCGUAUCUAAUUCCACUCCGUCUAUUUAAAAGUGGACAGAAGUGCACUAAAAAGUCUUUUGUGUUCAAUUGGUCUGUGCGUCAGUGCCCCUCUCCACUUCCCCAUAAAAAAUUGUGAAUAUAUUAUAUCCAAUGUUAAGUUGAUAGGAUACGUAUUUCAUCUUUCUGUUGACAGCUUUACCCCUCUGGAAAGAUACUGGGUAAUUUUUGAAGCAUCCUGGAAAGCGUCUAUUGGUAAUAAUCCGAAUUCCUGUGAUCGAAGACUGACCUCACCAAGCAAGAUGAACGUUUCCGUCAGCGUUACAAGCAGCCCAUCAGUUUGAGACGAUAAAAGGGCGUGUUAGAGUUACUUUAUUUUGCAUAUUCAUAUUAAUUGGAUUCAAAGUGCCAAUACAUUGAAGAAUUAUCAAUAAUAACUAGAAGGUUUUAUAAAAUAUAUAUGUAUGCAUGGACAUGAUGCCAAUCGUGCUUGAUUGCGAGAUCGGAUCAAGUGAAGCGACAAAAGAACCGCUGUAAACCGGUCCAGCAACAUAUCGUGACAGUUUAAGGUGCAUUAAUAGGCUGUCGACUCUGCCUAAUUGACUCGAUUCGAUCUUGAUACAUUUGUCUCGAGAAUCUUAGCCGACUGGUUCGAUGUGAACGAUGAUGAACAACGAGAGAAAUAGAAAUAGUCUUCAAGGCACGAUAUCUAUAUUAAAUAAACAGACCGAAAAAAGGAAUGGCUUCUUCGCACGUGUUUCACAACCCUCCGUUUUGAAUCCUGAAAUAUUUUAACGGGACGUGUGUAACAGCAGAGACCUGUAAUAUUUUACAGGAAGUAUUUACGUACUUUACCAUGUUCAAAGUAUUCUCUCUUGAGGAAACACUCCUGAAUUAAUAAUUUAAAUAAAUUUGAUUUUCCUUGUCGUCCAAGGAGGUGCAUUGGUGUAAGCAGCUAGUCAACAUUGCCAACAGUACCACCGACGGGCUCCAGCAGUAGAAUCAUACCGCGUCGCGACGCCGAGCGUCAGUCGAGCGCGGACCGUGUUCAGAGUAAGGUUGAGACAAGUAGAAUGGCGACGUCCGGCAAGUUAUCCCCGUCGUCGUCGCCAAGCGCUAAACAACCCUCCCUCGUGAAGGCUGCCAGUUGGCAGCAGAGGGUCUUUGGUAAGCAUCUGGUACAGUGUAACCAAGUGAAUUUAGAAAGCAACAAACAACGUGAUGUGAACAGUGUUCUAGUUGGGGAUAAAGACGAGUCUCUUUGCGAGGUGAUCGGUCUUUACUUUAGUUUCAUUAACCCAGGCGCAAGUUGCGAUGACUUCACUAGGCAGCUCAGCGAGCUGUAUGGCAGUGUAAAUGGUUCUUCAAUUAUUAGUGCCCAAGAGAAGGAGACAUCAAACGAUAAAGAAAAGCAGAAUAAAAGAAAACGUUUCGAAGUCAUUCACGUGGUGCUUUGGAGCAACGUAGCCGAUGUCCUCGACUUUGAAGAAAGCUUCCGUGGACACGUUUCUGAAUUGCCAUGGUUUGCUGUACCAAAUCAGGAUUACGAGAGAAAGACCCGACUGACUAGAAGGUACCGAAUAAAGGCCGGAGUGCCCACGCUCAUCUUGCUCGAGGGUGAAACUGGCUCCGUAGUCACUCGAGGUGGGGUGGAACGAGCCCUUGCCGAUCCUACAGGAACGAACUUCCCCUGGAGGCCACCGCAUCCAAAAGCUACCCUCGAGGACGGGCCACUUCUACCCUGUGGCGGACGUGGCAGUAACGAACCCAUGCUGCACGAAGAGCUACGUCACUGCGUCAAGGGUGUUUACUUUAGUGCUCAUUGGUGCCCGCCAUGCAAGGCUUUCACACCGCAACUAGUGGAUACCUAUCAGCGAAUUCGAGAACGAGGACACAACUUCGAAGUCAUCUUCGUUAGCUCGGAUCGAAGCGAGGAUUCUUACAAUGUCUAUACGACGAGUAUGCCCUGGUUAAGGAUACCAUUCGUUCAGGAAGAGAGAAGACAAAAACUAGCAAGGGCGCUGGACGUCCAGGCGAUACCGACUCUAGUAAUACUAGACCCCAGGGAUAAUAUUAUCACUCUGGAAGGCCGUGCAGAACUUCUGGAGGAUCCUGAGGGCCUGAAUUUUCCAUGGGCCAGUCGACUAGUCAAUAUACUCACUGAAAAAUACGCCACGACGCUUCACGACGCCCCAGCGAUAAUACUCUUUGUGGAAGGUGAUGACUGUGAAGUGCAAUUCGCCGAGAGUGUCCUUUUGCCAAUAGCAGAGGCUUACAGAAAGGAUAGACCAGAUUACGACCCAGACUAUGAUGAUCUUGAUAACACGCUUCAGUUUUUCAUAGCGUUAGACUGCGAAACCUCGGAUAUACUACGAGAAUUUGUUGGACUGGAUGACGCUGUACCUUUGCUCACAGCCAUCGAUAUUCCUCGAGGCGUCUACGUAGUGAUGGAGGAUGGAGCCGAAAUCACUGUUGAUUCUGUCCAACAGUUCGUCGAUGGAUUUCGAAAUGACAAGUUGCCAACAAACAAAAUCGCAGCGGUGCACAAAUCUGCAGCAUCUGAACCGAUUUCUACUUAAUUGUACACGAAAACUGAUUAACAUUUAGAUCGCCAAAAAAAGGAUUGAAAUCAUUUGAAAAAAAGGUGUCACGUGAUUGCCGUAAAACCUUGUAAAAAUUUUAUAAUCAGCGUAGGUAUUAUAAAAAUUAUCCAAAGACAUGUAAAAUAGAGGAGAAAAAUAGCGAAUGGACUAAUGUAUAUUUAAAAAUGUAUACAUAUUAAUAUUAAAUAAAUAUUAAGUAGAUAUUCAACACGUCCUGUCUUAUAUUGGUCUGUUCCACGUCGUGCGAAUGUUGGGUAAGUACGUCAUUGAUAUCAAUUGUUGUUAUCGAAUUGGUCAGAUUUUAUUAUUGGACAAUAAUUUUAUUACAAAAUAUAGUGAAGAUAGUAUCUAUACUUAAUAUUACUCCUAAAAUAUGUCAAUUGUAUUUACAAAUUAUGUCUACGAACAGUAAAAUUAGCUAUUCGACAUCUGUACGUUUUUCAUGGUGACGCGUUAUUCCUUGGCUCAUUUAAUUAACUUUCAUUCGUGUCACAGGUAUAAAAGUAAUAUCAGUAUCAAACUAAUACCAUGAAGAAAUAAUAACUAAUUCAUUUAUACAAUUAUUAUAAUUUAUGGAUGUGCUAUAAGUGAGUUGAUAGUUUAGUGAGCCAUCAGGAUGCACGUCAAAAUUCGAGAGAUAAGGUACUCACUUUCAAUCUGUACAAGCUUGCUAUUUAAAAAUAUAAUUAAAGCUACAUUCGUCGCUGGUACUAAAAUCUUCCUUAUUUUAAGUUUAGUUCAGUAUUUCAUAUUUUUGUAUCUAAGCGCUCGUGCUGCCAUAAAUCAUGAUACAUCAUAAACAAUAAGGUUUGGUCCAAAAUUGUUAAAAAAAAAAAAA